AUGGUAGUGGGUGAUGUCGUAGGUGGCAGUGGCAGUGGCAUUAUUGAUGGUGAGAUGUCAGUGUGUGGUAGAGGAGGUGGUGGCGGUGGCGGGGUGGUAGAGAUGGCGUUGGCUGGUGGUGAUAGGGAGGGAGAGCAAUCGGUGGUGGAGGUGGUGGUGAGGGUGGUGGUGAGGGUGCUGGUGGUAAUGGCAGAGAUGAUGGUAGCGGUAAAAAAUGUUAUCUCAAGCUUGUCUCAACUUGAAGAGCUGGAUACAGGAUCAAAAUGGUGGGGAGAUGAAGAAGAAGGAGAUGCAAGCCUUACUGAGUUAGAUUCCUUGACCAAUUUGAAAUAUUUAGGGAUUCGCAUUAAAUCAUCAAGGUUCCUACCUAAUUACAACCUCUUUGAAAACCUGCAAAGGUAUGUAAUUUCUGUAGGAGUUCAUCUUCAAAAAAGACGAUCCUUCAAUAACAGGAUGCUUUUGCUGAAUCUUGAGAGUACAGAUACACAUUUAGGUGGUGGGAUCGAGAAGUUGUUAACUAACAACACUGAGAAGGUGUUCUUGACUGGUGAUGGUAUCAAAGUUGCUCUAAAGGAACUAGAUACAGUUGGUUUUCAGCAAGUCAAGAACUUAACUGUUGAAUCUUGCAACAGUGAAGGAAUAGAGUAUCUUUCAAAUUACAGCAACACAUCAAAUGGUUCUGGUGUGUUUAAUAAUCUGGAAAAACUUCGUAUGGAUAAAAUAUGGCAUUUGAAGGGAAUUAUACGUUACAAUGGAAAAGGGCUACCAGUUAGAUCAUUUUCAAAGUUACGCAAGAUUCAUCUGUCAGUUUUACCCGAAAUGACCCAUCUGUUUACAUACGGAGUUGCAAAUAAUUUAGAGCAUCUCCAAAGGCUUCAUAUAGAAUAUUGUACCAAUAUGCAAGAAGUCAUUUUGAACCAGAGACCUUCAGCAUUGGAAAGUACCAUUGAAAAUAAGAUUGUUUUCCCAAAGUUAACCGAAUUAAUCUUGAACGACAUUGCAAGCCUCAUUUGUUUCUCCCAUGGAAUCAACCUGCAAGUUGAGUUUCCUCAGCUGAGAGUAUUAAAGCUUGAAUAUUUACAGAAUUUUCAUACCUUUUGUCCCGAGGAGAUCAAUCUUGCUUCCGAAGGCAACCACAGAGGCACAAACUUUCAUUCUCUUGUCAACCACAAGGUUGAAUUUUCAAGCUUGGCUGAAUUAACAAUCACAAAAAUGGGCAACAUUAAGCAUGUUUGGUGUGGCCACCUUCCUGAUCUAGUACAUCUACAAGGACUUUACAUUCAGUUUUGUCACAUGAUGGAAGAAGUGAUUUCAGUCCAACGUCCAUCAGUAACUACAAUGGAAGAAAGGAUUGUCUUCCUCAAAUUGAAAGAAGUAAUCAUAUUUGGAUUAAACAAGCUCACCUUCUUCUGCAAAGGAAUUGAUCAUGUUGAGUUUCCCCAGCUGAGAGUUUUACGACUUCGUUGGCUAACACAUUUCAGAAAUUUUUGUCCUGAAGAGACUACUGGUCGCACAUCUUCUCUCUUCAAUGACAAGGUCUCAUUUCCUUGUCUUGAGACACUAGAAGUCUCUGAACUUGACAGUGUUGAGCAGUUAUGGUCCAGCAAACUUCCCAUGAGUCAGUUUGGUAAACUAAAAUCUCUUAGAGUAGAGAAAUGUCACAAACUGGUGAAUAUAUUUCCAUCAGAUUUGCAAACAGUAUUUCCUAGUUUGGAGAAGUUAGAAGUGGAGAAGUGUGAUUCUCUCGAACAGGUGUGGGGUUAUACAGAAGAACAAAUCAGAAAGCUGAAAAGUAUAUUUGUCCAUGAGUGUCCAAUGUUGACAAAUUUGUGCUCUUUUUAUACAUUCAAGGGUCUAUCAAAUCUCCAGAUUUUGAAUAUAUCUAGUUGCAAGAUGCUGGAGGAAGUAGUUGGAUAUGAGCACACAUAUGGAAAAAUGAAAGAAGUUCUUUCUCUCAACAAACUAGAAGAACUGAGUCUUGCAUUUCUGCCAAAUCUUAGUUACUUCUCCCAUAACAAAUGUGACAUUGAACUACCAGAACUAACUCAUGUGAAUAUAAAGAGUUGCCAAGAAAUAUACACUUUCUCUAAAAGUUCGGUGACCACACCAAAGCUCAAAUAUGCUGUGGUUGAUGAUCUACGGAGCUGGUUGGGUGAUAAAGAUCUCAACAGUACCAUGCGGCACUUGGCCUCAAGAGGGGCUCAUUAGUGCAGAGUGGCUUAUCAUCACACUUGUGGAUUGCUACUGCAGGUCUUCAAUAUAUAUAUAGUUGGCUACAAUGCACCAAAAACGAUCUGUCUUGAAUUGAAUUCUUUAAUAUAGUUUGCUACAGUUCUUCAAUCUUCACUAAUUUAACUUGUAAGCUUGAAAUUACUUUGACAUUUCUUGAUUUUUUAUUUACUCUCCAUUUACCUAUGAUAUUUUAUUUGAAUUUCCUUUAGUUUCAGUUUGUAAUAUAACAUGAAAAUUCUUCCUAUACAAUUUUUAAUAUGACUUUAACGUUUUAUCUAAAAAUAAAAAUAUGAGUCUUCUUGUUGAUGAA